CUCUCUCUCUCUCAUUGCAUCCAUUUUUGUGCAUUUAAGAAAUCUCCAAGAAUUACCAACCUGGAGGAAAGCGAGCUAACCGGAGUGACAGAGGAGGGUUAAGGACUCCAAAAGAAAACAAACAAGGACGCACCAGGCAUCUUUUAUUUCACCAUGCGAGUAAAACCUCUCUAAAGGAUGGCAGCGAUGGGUUAGACAGGAUUUAACAUGACUGCAAAAUAAAAGCCACUGUGUGUAAAAGAUGUCUGCUCCACACGGGCCCCGGGGCGGCCCUGGCCCUGCUGCUGCUGCUGCCUCAGCGGCCGGCGCCAUGCCGGAGAUGCCGGACCUCAGCCACCUCACCGAGGAUGAGAGGAAGAUCAUCCUCGGUGUCAUGGACCGACAGAAGAAGGAGGAAGCGAAGGAACAGUCGAUGUUAAAGAUCAAAGAAGAACCAAAGCCUCAGCCGGCACAGUGGUUUCCCUUUAGUGGGAUCACUGAGCUGGUAAAUAACGUCCUUCAGCCCCAGCAAAAGUCCCAAAAUGACAAGGAGCCAGAGCCAGACGCGAAGUUGCACCAGCAGUUUGAAUCGUAUAAGGACCAGGUUAAGAAGAUGGGGGAGGAGUCUAAGCAGACUCAGGACCAGAAGAGCGAAGCCCCAACCUGCGGGAUAUGCCACAAAACCAAGUUUGCCGAUGGCUGUGGCCACCUCUGUUCAUAUUGCCAAACGAAAUUCUGUGCUCGGUGCGGAGGACGAGUGUCUCUGCGGUCAAAUAAGGAGGACAAAGUGGUUAUGUGGGUAUGCAACUUGUGCCGAAAACAACAAGAAAUCCUCACCAAAUCGGGGGCGUGGUUCUAUGGCUCGGGGCCUGGUCAGGUGCGGGGCGUGUUUGAGGGUGGGCCACAGGGGAAGAAGGCCAAACUGCAGGACCCGUCCCUGUACCCCUACCAGGGAGCCUCAGGGGACUUGACACCAGCGUCAGACAGAAGCAGACCUCACGGCGGGCUCCUGCCCAGACAGGCGUCCCUUGACAACGGAUCGGGGCUGAGGUACUCGGGACCUGGCGACGCACCCAUAGACAGGAAACGAAGCCCAUCUGCAUCCAGGGAUCCAAACCAAAAAUACGACCAAAGGGAGGGGGGCGACCACUCACAGUAUGCCCCGACGGACGGCGGCAUGCCUAGAUCACCGUCUGACUAUGGGGAUGGGGACCCUCGGCGGGCUCCGCGGGGCCCACACAUGUACCCAGACGUGGAUGCGGCACGGAUGGGCUACCGGGACCGGCGGGGCCCCGGACGCUGGCACUCCCAGGAAUACCCACUGGACCAGGAGCUAGAUGGACCCAGCGAGUAUGACCUCCAGCGGCAGCGCCAGGAGGAAUUCCAGGCGCGCUAUCGCAGCGACCCCAAUCUGGCACGCUACCCUGUUAAGCCGCAGCCCUACGAGGAGCAGAUGAGGAUGCAUGCUGAGGUUGGCCGCCUGAGGCAUGAGCGCCGCCAUAGUGAUGUCUCCCUGGCCUACACGGAGCAGGACGACCCAGGCCCCAUCCGGCUGUCCCGUCAGCAUCUCACCGAGCGCCGGCCGCCUAUGGUGGGACAGCGCUCCUACUCCGUCGACCGCUCCUCCCCUGGGCCCAUGGGUCCUGGCCUUGGAGGCCAUAGAACCUCCAACCACAGCCCCCCGACGCCACACCGUAGCCCUGUGCUGGGUGACAGAUCUGGGGACCUGCGGAGAGGGGACAUGGGUGGAGGCGGGGAUCCCAUGAGGAGGCAGCAACACCACUUGGAUCCCAGUUCAGCUGUCCGUAAGACCAAGAGGGAGAAGAUGGAGAGUAUGUUGAGGAAUGACUCUCUAAGCUCAGACCAGUCGGAGUCGGUGCGCCCACCACCCCCCAAGCCCCACAAAACCAAAAAGGGAGGAAAGAUGCGGCAGGUGUCGCUGAGCAGCUCGGAGGAGGAGCUGGCUACAACACCAGAGUACACCAGCUGUGAGGACGUGGAGAUAGAGAGUGAGUCAGUCAGUGAGAAAGGGGACAGUCAAAGGGGAAAAAGAAAAACUAUUGAGCAGACAUUUAUGUCCGAGCCGACACACACCUUAUCUGAGAGGCAAAAGAAAAUGGUGCGCUUUGGGGGACACUCAUUUGAAGAGGACUUGGCAUGGUGUGAACCGCAGGUUAAAGACUCGGGAGUUGAUACGUGCAGUAGCACUACCCUAAACGAGGAGCAUAGCCAUAGUGAGAAGCACCCGGUGACGUGGCAGCCGUCCAAAGAUGGGGAUCGCCUAAUAGGGCGUAUUUUACUCAACAAGCGCAUGAAAGAUGGAAGUGUGCCUCGAGACUCAGGAGCUCUGCUUGGUCUAAAGGUGGUGGGCGGCAAGAUGACAGAAUCUGGUAGACUUUGUGCUUUUAUCACUAAAGUGAGGAAAGGAAGUCUAGCAGACACUGUUGGACACCUCAGACCAGGUGACCAAGUGCUGGAGUGGAAUGGGAAGCUUUUACAAGGAGCCACAUUUAAAGAAGUUUACAAUAUUAUUCUAGAAUCCAAGCCUGAGCCGCAGGUGGAGCUGGUGGUCUCACGGCCUAUAGGAGAUAUUCCAAGGAUACCAGACAGCACACAUGCACAACUGGAAUCAAGUUCAAGUUCUUUUGAGUCUCAGAAAAUGGAUCGCCCGUCCAUCUCCGUCACGUCCCCCAUGAGUCCCAGCAUGCUGAGGGACGCCCCCCAGUACCUGUCAGGACAGCUCUCAAGCCAAAGCCUUAGUAGAAGAACAACGCCUUUUGCCCCUAGGGUCCAGGUCAAACUGUGGUAUGACAAAGUGGGCCAUCAGCUAAUUGUCACCAUCCUGGGCGCCAAAGACCUGCCACCCAGGGAAGACGGCCGGCCCAGGAACCCUUAUGUCAAAAUCUACUUCCUCCCCGAUAGAAGCGACAAAAGCAAGAGGAGAACAAAAACAGUAAAGAAAUCCUUAGAGCCCAAAUGGAACCAGACCUUUAUGUAUUCGCCGGUGCACCGGCGGGAGUUUCGGGAGCGCAUGCUGGAGAUCACAUUGUGGGACCAAGCCAGGGUGAGGGAGGAGGAGAGCGAAUUCCUGGGAGAGAUCCUCAUAGAGCUGGAGACAGCUCUUCUGGAUGAUGAGCCCCACUGGUACAAGCUACAAACCCACGAUGUGUCCUCCAUCCCGCUCCCACGUGCCUCCCCGAACACGCAGCGCAGGCAGCUCCAUGGAGAGAGUCCAACACGACGGCUCCAGAACAAAGGCUCAUAUUCAUACAACUCAGGAUCCCAGAGGAUAAGUGACAGUGAGAUCUCAGACUAUGAUUGUGAAGAUGGUGUUGGGGUAAUAACAGACUACCGGCCAAAUGGCAGAGACUUCCAGAGCUCCACAUUGUCUGUCCCUGAGCAGGUGAUGUCGUCCAACCACUGCUCUCGGUCGGCCGAUAUUAACCGGGCACGGUCGCGCUCUCCCAGUGUUCCCCCACCCUCCAGCAGAAGUCUGGACCCAGCCUUUGACCUUAGGCCUUCUCAGUACAGCUCCUCCACUAGAGUGGACCACCACAGUGUGUCCGAAGAUAACUACUCACCUGACAGCCAUUUUCUCACCCUACCUCGAACCAGACAUACUCAGCCUCUUGAUGAUCCUCAAAAGGACCCCAGGAACCACGGAGCCAUGGAUAGACACGAGUAUCACAGCAGGUCCCGCUCUGCAGACCAGCGGCCCACUAUAGAGCGCCCCACAUCCCGCUCGCGCUCCACUGAACGCCCCCACGACUCUUCGCUCAUGAGGUCCAUGCCGUCUCUGCCAUCUGGGAGGUCCGCCCCCCCCUCACCUGCCUUGACGAGGGCGCAUCCUCGUAGUGGAUCAGUCCAGACCAGUCCCACCAGUACCCCUAUGUCCAGUAGACGAGGACGGCAACUCCCACAGCUUCCACCCACGGGGAAAGACAGAAGUAUGGACAUGGAGGAGAGGACCAGGCAGAUGAAACUGAAGAUGAACAAGUACAAGCAGGGAGCGGGCUCCGACUCCAGACUGGAGCAAGACUACCACAAGCGAUCGGGCAGAGAUCCACGGGGCUCAGAUAACCUGUCGGCAAAGUCAUCGGACAGCGAUGUAAGCGACGUGUCCGCUGUGUCGAGAACCAGUAGUGCCUCUCGGUUCAGCAGCACGAGCUACAUGUCUGUCCAAUCAGAAAGGCCGCAAGGAAACCGCAAAAUCCGUGACUUUGCAUCCAAAAUGAAAAACAGGCAGAUGGGCUCGUCGGGCGGGAUGAACAUGACCAAGAGCACAAGCAUCAGUGGCGACAUGUGCAACCUGGAGAAGACGGAUGGUAGCCAGUCGGACACGGCGGUUGGCACGGUAGGCACUGACGACAAGAAGAGGCGCUCCAGCAUUGGUGCCAAAAUGCAGGCCAUGGUUGGCAUGUCGCGCAAGAGCCGGAGCACCUCUCAGCUCAGCCAAACAGAAGCGGGAGGUAAGAAGUUACGUAGCACGAUCCAGAGAAGUACAGAAACAGGCCUGGCGGUGGAGAUGAGGAGCAGGAUGACUCGGCAGGCCAGCCGGGAGUCCACAGACGGCAGCAUGAACAGCUACAGCUCCGAGGGAAAUCUCAUCUUCCCUGGUGUGAGGCUCUCCUCAGAUGCCCAGUUCAGUGACUUUCUGGAUGGUCUUGGCCCUGCUCAGCUGGUUGGACGACAGACGUUGGCUACUCCACCUAUGGGUGACAUCCAGAUUGGUAUGGUGGAAAAGAAAGGAGCACUGGAGGUGGAGGUCAUCAGAGCCCGUGGCCUUGUGGGAAAACCAGGUUCCAAGGCACUGCCAGCACCAUAUGUAAAGGUCUACCUUUUGGAAAACGGAGUCUGCAUAGCCAAAAAGAAAACAAAAGUAGCAAGAAAAACCUUGGAUCCUCUUUACCAGCAGCAACUGCCGUUUGAAGAGAGUCCAGGAGGGAAGGUUUUACAGGUCAUCGUUUGGGGCGACUAUGGACGUAUGGACCAUAAAUCAUUCAUGGGAGCAGUUCAGAUACUGUUAGACGAGCUGGACCUGUCCAACAUGGUGAUUGGCUGGUUUAAGCUCUUUCCUCCUUCCUCAUUGGUGGACCCUACUCUGGCCCCACUGACAAGAAGAGCUUCCCAAUCCUCACUGGACAGUUUCUCUCGAUCAUAGCAGCGUGUGGACUGAUAGCGUUGUUGUAGCAGCCAGUGUUGCGAUUACAGGUCACGCCCCCCGGUUACACUGCAUGCUUGAUGUUGUGUCUUCUGAGCCUGUUUCUAGGGGUGCAAAAAACGUGAUCCUGUGUUUUGAGCAAAAACGUCGCGCACAUUGUGCACGUGGCGAAGCGUGUUGCAAGCGCCUGGCGGCCGGGAUUGCCGGGUGUUGUUGUUGUUGUUUGGAGGAAGCUGGAAUGAACUCCUUAGCACGAGGAAUCCGUCAGUUCCAGGUUUUCACCCAAUUCGAAGCCAUGGGGGUCAGUACUGGGAACCGCUAAAUGAGUUCUACAGGAGCCCUUUUCGAAUGAAAAAUAAAUGUUUUUGCUUUCUUUUCUUUUUUUUUGUUUUCAUUUGUUUUUUUCUUUUUUUUUCUUUUAAUGUCAGUGUACUUGUAUCUGAAGGGGGUGACAGUGUUUCUAACCAAAUGCUUGGUCACGCCACGCCAACAGACCUAGCUGUGUAGAUGGAGUUUUGGAGACCAUCGCUUUGGGUGAGGUGUGUCCCAGCUUGUAUCCACACUCCCCCAAACCCCAAAAGAAAUGUCCCGCAUACUCUAGGUUUAUGUACUGAAUCAAACCGUACCGCUAAAUCACAAGAAAGACUUCAAAGUUAAUCAGAGGCAAUAUUGAAGUGGCUACCAUCAACACUCCAGAAUAAAGAGUAACGAUCCAAACCCCAUGAAAAAAAUGUACAAUCUACCAUCAUUCUUUCUCUGUUGAUAUAUUGUAUGAAAAUUAAAUGAGAAAAAAAUAUUUUUUUUCCUUUUUAGUUCAUUUGCAUGGACACAAAUUUAGCUGAAUUAAAAAAAGAAAAAGAAAAUUAUUUUCUUGAGGCUGCAACUUGCAAAAAAAGAUGAAGAAAAAUAAAUAAAACAGAUCAGCCAUUUUCAACAAUUUAUAUUAUUUUUAAAGAUAAAUUUCACUAGUGCAUGGUUUUCAAGGGGAGUGAAUGCAACAUCGUGAUUAAAAAAAAAAAAGACAUUGUUUAUCAUUCUUUAGACCAUUCAUGAGUCUGUGUUUUGCAGACAUGCAGAUAAGGGAAACUUAAAGGAAACUUUUGGAGCUAUUUAACAGAAAAUGUUUAUGUGACAAAAAGUGAUAAUGAAAAUAAAUGUAAAUGAUUUAUUUCAUUGUAAAAGGCUCACGCCUUAUAAAGAUAAACAUUAUGUGCAAAUUGUACAUGUUUCUCUUUUUCUUCCUUGUCCCAGGGUACUUCUCAUUGUACUAUUCAUUGCUACCAUCGUUCAGUCCCCUGAUAUUGUCCAGAUUUUAGGACUGUUGGUUCAUUUACAGUUCUGUAUUGUUUCAGUAUGUAUUUUAUUUUGGAUUUGAUUUGUUUAACAAGCAUGUUGAAAAGGAUUUUCUGCAACAUGGCUUGGGCACACCUUACAGUAACUCAGCAUGUUUUGAUAAAGAUGAUAUUUGGAAUUUUUGCAGUUUCUUGUACAGUGCAUGUCAACUUCAUUACUUUUCUCCCUCACCUUAAAUUGAACUCUACAACAAAUUAGUUCUUGGUCUUCUGGGGCCACUUAUUGAAGUUUUAUCAAAAAACAUUCCACCCCCAAGGUCAUAUUUUCUUUCAGGUUUUUGAGGAAAAAAAAGUGACAAGGAAAAUAUUUUAUAUUUAAUGGAGGUUGACGAAACAGUUGUGAUUGCAAGUGUAUUUUAUUUCAGUAUUGUUGACGAACAUGCAAAAAUAAUCUGUAUUGGUACAGCAAGAGGUCUAUACCUAAUCAAGAGGCAGCAAACAUGCAAGAGAUGUAUGUUGCUGUGGUUCAAUUUUACAGGCACUGUUUGUGAAGAUGAGCUAAUCAAAAGUUCAAAUAAGGGAUAUUGCCACAGAAAAUGUUUUUUUCUUGUUUUAAUGAAAAUGAAAUUAAUUUACUAUAUUUUUGUUAGUUUUAUUUAAAAGCCAAGACCAGUUUAUUUUUUAUUUUCUAUUUUUAGUAAUUAUAAAUACUUCUCAUGUCUGGGAAGUAUAUGAAUCUUAUAGUUGCAGUAUGUCUGAAUGAAAUUGAACUGAGGCAUUAUUCCUUUUCCAUAUGACGAUAACGCGUUUUAAUGUCCAAGAAAACCUUGUCGCUUUAACAAGCCACAGUAUAUAUUUUCAUUUUGAUUUUCAUUGUACAUACCUUUAGAUGUCAGAAUUUGAAUAAACAAGCUACCAUGAAUAGAUUGAUAGACUCUUUUGGAACAGGAAAAAUGCCUCACAUGAUGACAAAGACAUAUGUUAUUUAUCCUUUUGAAUGCCUUUUAAUUUUCUCUUUUUGGUGCAAUGUGUUAAUGCCAAGGCUAUGUCUUGGUUAAGUAUGGUUGAGUACAGAGAUUUAUGUAAGUUAUUUUUCAAAUUAAAAAAUAAAAAAUUGAUA